AUGGGAGCUUGGAUAUUAGCGAGUGUGUUCUACGCAUGCCUCUUGCUAACAGAAGCGAAACAUAUAGUGGACGCGACUAGGAACAUUAAUAUCCAUCCGGCCCCUGUCAGGGUGACGCGACAGACAGAAGGACUAGACGUGAACAAAGAGCUUCCAGUCGAGGGCGACAGCGGCAUACACAGCGCUGUAUCCACGCAGAAUAAUCCAGAGACAUCCGCCACUAACUACCAGCCUUACAACGUCAAGCUAUACGCGGUUAGCGCGGAAAACGACAGAGAUGCUAACUCUUAUAACCUCUACAACGGCUACAACAAAGGUGGAAGCCACGAAGUCGACGCAAGACGCAAUGAAUUCGCCUCUGUCGAAGCCGACGUCGGAAGAUACAACAACCAGAGAGAAUACCUGGACGCUGCUGGCUACGAUCACUACAAAGCAGCUACCAGUUUCAACCUAGAAGAUCCCAGACAACUGGAAACUGUCCAAAGGGAGAUCGAGCCCUAUGAAGUCUCCGAAUUCCAGAAAUCUCACAAAGAAGAGGAACAGCAUGCCGAAGUUCAUUACCAUCAACAUAAACACGUGCACAAGCACAACCACAAGCAGGAGCAUACGCACAAGCAUCAACAAGAGCACAAACACGAACACGGUCAUAAACACGACCACCACGCUCAACACCAGCAUAAGCAUGAUGCCCAGCAUAAGCACGUCCACCAGUCGGGGCAUAAACAUGGCCACAGGGGCGAACAUUACCACAACCAUCAUCAGGAACAUAAGCAUAAUCAUCACGGUUCUCACAAGCACGACCACAAGCACCAACAGGAUCAUAAACACGACCACCACCACGGCCACAAGCAUUCCCACCAUGGCGAACACAAACAUUCUCAUCGUAACGAGCAUAAGCAUAACCACCACCACGGACAUAAGCAUGAGAAUCACCACCAGCAUAAGCAUCAGCAUCAUGCUGAUCACAAGCAUAAUCACGGACAUAAAGACGAGCAUAAGCAUCAGCAUCACGGUAGCCAUAACCACAAGCAUUCCCAUCAUAAGCUCUGA